GUAUUUCACCGCCCGUGUGGGAAUGGUAAAAUCGUUCAACUGGCGUGAUGUUGCCGGAACAGCCACUCGCCAGUUGGCCAAUCAAGAUUACAGCAUCUGCUUCCGCACAACACCAGGAGUUACGAAAACUUUGUGUAUGACUCCAUGUACGGUGACAGCAACUGGAUCUAAAGCCUUUAGUGUUAGCACAGCGAUGACAACUCCGACCGCCGAUGCAGUUGCAGCUGUUAAGAGGGACGUGAGCCAGUUGUCAUCUCUCAACUGCAACAACGACUUCCUCAUCAUCCCAGAGGGAUACAACAUUGGGAAUCCUACCGCCGUGCUCAACAUGGCCUUCGAUCGCUACUGCGGAGAAAAGCUCAAUGCGCUGCCAGCGAACGCUGUCUCUACCACCGUCUGCACCACUGCGACACCUUUCCGGCUGAUCUACCAUACCAAUGGUGACGAAACGACAACUGCUACGGUAGAUGCCCUUCCUGUCAAUGGAGUUGCCGUUACUAUUCCUACUAAUGGAAACAGAGGAUUCUGCCUCAAUUUUAAGAAUUCAUAAUUCUCAAUACAAGGGAUGUGUAUUCUAUACGUAUCUACUUAAUCGUGCGAUUGGUCUUUUAUUAGGUGAUGGAUGGUUCCUUUUUUAAUGAGAUUUACGCGGAUUUACGUUCAUAUGCGUCCCUGGAUAUUGGAUAAUA